AUGAUUCGGGAACAGAGGGCUCCUUCAGGUCCACGACCUGACCUUUCACCCACCAGACAAAGGAUUUCUGAGAAUUAUCCUCCCAGUGUAGGCACCGGAGGUUCGCGUCUGAUAGCUGGGACAGAGCCUACACUGCAUGCUCCACAACGAAACAAUCACACCUUAUUUACAUUUGGGGGUCACAACGACGAUAAUUCGACUUCUUACGACUUUUUGCCUUCUCCCAGUUUUGACGACCUGCAAACUAGCAUCUCCAAUGAACUACAGCUUACAGCACAAUAUCCGGCAACAGGUGGGGGAGAUUCAAUGCCGAGAGAGAAGCCCUCAAUGGGGGAAAUUAAAGCAUCUAUGAACAAUGGGCGAGGGAUAGGUUCUGCGCGUGGAGUGUCUGGACCACGACCCGCGAGAACCUCCUCUUUUCAACGUAGGCAGAGUGUGAGCAAUCGUCAAGGUAGCAUAUCUUCAACCACUUCUUCAACUGCAUCGGGGAAUAUGGAUCCACCAUCUGCUCCCCUAGCUGUUCGAACUCGACGAAAUCAAUAUCCUCCGAUAUCUGGAAGUGCUGCCUCCAAUGCGCCUGCUGCUAGAAUACCGCGCAGAUCUGUAGGAGGUGCUGAGUCAGAUAGCUCAAGCAAGGCAGGGACCACACCAAGACGACGUCCGAGUCUUGCUCCAAGUACAUCAUUGCAAUCUUUGUCGGAUGCUGCCAAUGCAUCUGCAAGAUUGAAUAGUACAGGAGUUCCGAGUUAUAUGGAUGGAGCAAGAGGUACCACUGCCUCGAGAGCAGCUAAAACUAAAUCAUUGCAACCUCCGAGUAAAGGGCAACCCCAAGUUUCUAUUCAGCCUGGCACACCAGAUCACAGUAGAUCAUCAUCCCUUGCUGCAAAGUCACCAGGAAGGCCCAGUGGAACAGGAAUACCUGCAACCACACCAUCAUCAACCUCGAAGCGGAUGUCAGUCUUGCCAGGUACUUCCCAUGCAAGUGGACUUGGGGCUAGAACCAUCAGCCCUACGGAUACUCGAAGAGCCAAACGAUUAUCGACUCAUCAAGGAAAUCCUACUGCUUCGCCAGGUACACCGCCAACUCCACAGCCUGACUCGUAUCCGGCGUUUACUCCUCGAGGGUCUUCAAGGUCCCCUUCAAUGUUACCUCGAAAGGUGCCCACACCUUCAUCAUCUCGAACUACUCCGGAUAGUAACCGUAAGUACAAUUCUGCUAUUUCAGCUGCGUCGAGUUCAAGCUGUAACACAUCUCGAAUUACUACAGGUUCCUUACAGCCUCGAGUCUCGUCACUUGCCCCCACAACAUCAAGGUUACCAACACCUAAGUCACGAAAUGUUCAUAGCUCGGCUGGUAAUAAUGAGGAGGAAGAUGUUCCGCCAGUUCCUGCGAUACCCAAAGCGUAUGAAUCCCCCAAAGAUUCUCCCAUCGAAACUCCGUUUUUUGCCAAGAGGAAAUCAAGCAUGCCGUUUGAUGCCAGUAGUAUUAACAGUACUUCAACAAAUAGCAUUUCUGGUAGGAACUCUGCACGUGAACCAACCAAGAUUGAACGAGAGCCAAAGAGGUCGAGGCAUGCGCCACCUAGCUCGAAUUCAGACCUUGAACAGCAAAAGCAAAAUACCACGACUCCCAAGAAAAAGAACCUUCAACCACUUCGUCUGCCACCCUUGAAUUUGUUACCAUUAAGCGCUCCUACGGCUGCAAAAGCUGCGGCCAUAUCCAAUCCUGAGCCUUUACCCAAUGGUGCCAUUACACCCCCGCCUAAGCGGACAAAUACAAAGACCCCAAGUUCGCCCAUGACAGCUUCCAAGACCUCGUUCUUUUCCCGUCGCAACGAAGAUAAAUCGGAGCAUCAUAUGCCUAAAAUGCGAAGCAAUAGUUCUAUCCAUCAUAGACCUACAGAAUCUUCGCAAGUAUUUGGAAAUAACAGUGGGACAAAGCCAAUACCUAUAGCCAAUAACCGACCACCGCCGCCUAGGGAAACCUCUCCAUAUCUAUCCUCAUCUCUUCCCAAGAACAACGCUGGCCAGCAUCUCAUGCCUCGGUCCAAAACUAGUGGUGAUUUCACUACAAUGGACACUUCGACGACUGAAAACAAGCCGGCAAGAUUGACUGGGCCACGUGCCUUGAAGGUGAAUAGAUUAGCCAAAACAGAUACUCCUGCGGAAGUCUCAAGUCCGGAAGAACCCCCAACGCCGUCUUCAACAACUUCGUUGCGAAGGAAGUUGAGUCUUGGUUGGAAGCGAUCUGGAUCGAAGAACACCGCCAGCAAUGCUCAAGCAACAGGCGGAAGAGAAGCCAAUCAACCACCUCCUCCGCCAAAACAUGAUAAUAUGCCACCACCUAGAUUGCCUGCUUCUUCCACCAUGAACAAUAUGAGUAGCAAUAACAAGGAAAUUCCUAGUCCUAGUCCUUCGGUCAAGUCAACCACUACUACUACUACUUAUCUCAAUUCCAGUCGAAGGAAAAGCUCGGUUUCGAGCCUUAAUAUGAUCACAGGUCACGACAGAACAAAGAGUGAUAGCUGGGGUUUGAAUCGAAACAGUCCGAAGAAAGAGACAUCAACUGACUCUAUGGCCUCGGAGAGAAAUAUUCCAACCGCGACUUCUCGAACUACAUCUUCUGUUAUGCAUAGAAUGCUCAAUCCAAAGGCUUCUAGUACUAGUAUUAGACAUCAAGAUCACUGGACAGCGGAAUUAGACAAGGAUGAUCUUCUGGCGGAAGAGGAGAUGAAGAAGCUCGGCAAUAAACGAAAGGAAACAGAGACGGCAGCUCGUCAAUUAGAUGCUCUAAGAAAACGUGCUACUCCUAAGGAUCGAGCGAACCCUCAACAGGCUCUCAAACUUGUCUCGCAUCUCAACAUUUACGAGAAAGGGGAAAUUGUCGAUUACAAGGACAUUUACUUCUGUGGGACAUCUAGUGCAGCCAAACAUGUUGGUCAGCUUCAAUCUGAUGCCGCCAAUUUCGGGUACGAUGAUGAAAGAGGGGAUUAUCAAAUUGCCACUGGAGAUCAUCUUUCAUACCGUUAUGAGAUCAUUGAUGUUCUUGGUAAGGGAAGUUUUGGUCAAGUCGUAAGAUGUAUUGAUCACAAGACUGGAGGAUUAGUAGCUAUUAAGAUCAUCCGGAACAAGAAGAGAUUCCAUCAGCAGGCUUUGGUAGAGGUUAAUAUCCUCCAAAAGUUGCGCGAAUGGGAUCCUAAAAAUAAGCAUAGCAUGGUCAACUUUGUUCAAAGCUUCUACUUCCGUGGUCAUCUUUGUAUCUCUACUGAACUUUUAGAUAUGAAUCUCUAUGAGCUCAUCAAAGCUCACUCUUUCAGAGGUUUCUCACUUAAGAUCGUUCGACGAUUUACAAAGCAAAUGCUUAGCAGUCUGUUGCUUUUGAAAUCAAAGAAGGUCAUUCAUUGUGAUUUGAAACCCGAAAAUAUUCUGCUUGCGCACCCUCUUCAUUCAGAGAUCAAGGUUAUUGACUUUGGGUCAAGUUGCUUCGAGAACGAGAAGGUGUACACGUACAUUCAAUCCCGAUUUUAUCGAUCCCCUGAAGUUAUCCUUGGUAUGACAUAUGGUAUGCCGAUAGAUAUGUGGAGUCUUGGGUGUAUCUUGGCGGAGCUUUUUACUGGAGUGCCCAUCUUUCCUGGUGAAAACGAACAGGAACAACUCGCCUGCAUCAUGGAAGUGUUUGGUCCACCGGAAAAGCAUUUGAUUGAGAAAAGUACUCGCAAAAAGCUUUUCUUUGAUUCUCUCGGGAAACCACGUCUCACGGUAUCUUCAAAAGGACGCAGACGUCGGCCAUCCUCAAGAUCUCUUCAGCAAACCAUCAAGUGCGACGAUGAAGUUUUCCUUGAUUUCUUGGCACGUUGUCUCAGGUGGGACCCUGAAAAGCGUUUGAAGCCUGAUGAAGCUGUUAGGCAUGAAUUUAUCACUGGUCAAAAGGCUACUGCUCCACCUCGUAUCAAUACUCGAAUCGACUCGCCAAUAAAGCGACACAAUACCACCGCUGCACCUGCUUCCAAUAGACCCCUUCCAGAACCACCUGCUUACAAGAGUGGUUCAUCUGUUCGGCCACCCGCGGCUGGGACAAGUCCAAGUAAAGCUCUUCCGCCUCGAAGACAAUCCAAUGCCACAACAUUGACCGGACCUCCUGGGCCGAAACGUACAAGUACUGGAACCGUGGCAAUUUCUGGUGGUAGCAGCUUGCCCCGAGUCACACGAAGUGUCAGCUCGAAACAGGAUUUAGCAUCAGCGGGGGCAUCGGCAGCUAUGAAUAGUCGGCGAGCAUUAUAA